AUGAUUGACCUCCAACAACCAAAACCAUCUUCUUACUUGCCAGGUCUAGUUGAAGACAGGAUCAUUGGAGGAUCUGAAGUUUUCCCUCACUCUAUCCCGUAUCAAGCCUCCUUACAGAUAAGAUCAGUACAUUACUGCAGUGGGACUUUAAUUAACCCCAGGUGGAUCCUGUCAGCAGCUCAUUGUGUGAAACCUCCAUAUCUCAUUACAGUUGUUUUGGGUGAACAUAGCCUUUCCAGGUCAGAUGGCAAUGAACAGUUCUACAGAGUGAUCAAACUUAUACUGUUUCCUUUCUACCAACCUGCAACAUUCAGGCACGACAUCAUGCUGAUGAAAUUGAAAACGCCUGCAAAACAGAAUGCAUACAUCAACUUUGUAGCAAUUCCAUCUACUGAUGAAAUGGUUCCUGAAAAUACCCUAUGUACAGUCUCUGGCUGGGGAGUCACCACCGUUUACAGUUAUAGUCUAUCUGAUGUACUUAUGGCUGUCAAGGUUCCAAUCAUUCCUCGCUACAAGUGCAAUAGACGUUCUUCAUACAGUGGAAGAGUGCGUCCCUACAUGAUCUGUGCGGGAUAUAGUACAGGAGGCAAGGAUUCUUGUCAGGGUGAUUCUGGAGGACCACUGAUUUGUAAUGGAGUCAUUGAAGGAAUUGUAUCCUGGGGAAUUAGCUGUGCACAUUACAAAUACCCAGGUGUAUAUACAAGAGUGGCCUUGUUUGGCUCCCAAAAACAGCUGGAGCUUCAGCAUUUUGGCUACUUCCUGCUCACCCCUCCCCAGCCACCCAAAUCCCACUCUGAGAUCCAUGCAGGGGAAGACAAGUCUCCCCUCGAUAUCUUCCUCAAACAGGGACAACAAUCACGAAUGCAGUUAUAG